AUGGAAAAUAUUAAUUUUAAUAACGACAAUUCAUAUUUCAAACCAACGGCUGAAGAGCUUGCAAAAGUUCAACAAAGCUGCGUACCAUUAAAUACAACUAGGUGUACUGAAAAAUGGGUCAAUAUUUUGAAUUCUUGGCAAAAUCAUCAAAAUGUUGGUUAUAUGUAUACACUUGAAUCACUUUCUUCUAAUGAACAAAUUGAAAAGGAAAUGUGUGAAUUUUUAUAUGGUGUUAGAACAAAGAAAGGUGAUAAAUAUUCAAGAGCAUCACUUAAAAAUGCAGUUGCUUCAAUAAGUCGUCACCUUAAAAAUUCAAUACUAUAUUGGAACUAUAAUCUUUUAGACAAGAACAGUUUUCCAAAACUUUAUGCUACACUCGAUGGCAGAAAUGAAGAGACUAGGAAUAGGCGCUGCAAAACUACAUGA